GAUAUAAGAAACCAGUUUCUAACUUAAACAAAUGCUACUUGAUGAAUAAUUAGGGAAUAUGAAGAAGGUCACACAAUGAAGCAAUCUGGCAAUGGAUUAGGCAUCUUCCAAUGUUUGCAGCAAAACUUGGAAAUAAUUUGUUGCAAAUAUAAUUACAAAUAAUGUGGCAUUUGUUCGUUUUAACAGUACAGCUAUUUUGCAGCAAUAGAAGCUCGUUCAGGAACUUGAGGCUGGCUCAGAACUACAGACCUGUGCUGAUUUAAAAGAAAGGGGAAAACACAGUUACUGAAGUGAAGCUAAAAACCAACCUCCAAUCAAAAUUCUUCAGAAACAAAUAUAAUUUCUUUCAGGAAAGAUGAAGUUGUUCUCUGUGGAGAUCAUUUGUUUCUGCAUGCUGCUUUACACACUAACAGAUGCCAGGCCAAUCCACGAUGAAGAAGACCCCUACAGACAAUCUCCAGGCAUGCCUUACUGGCCUUUCACUAGCAAUGAUUUCUGGGCAUAUGUGGAGUACUUCCGGACCCUGGGUGCAUACAACAGAAUCAAUGAGAUGGCCAGGACCUUCUUUGCUCAUCAUCCUCUUGGAAAUAUUCUUGGAUAUGAUGCCCCAUAUCAUGACCACUAGCUUGCUUGACAGCCCCUCAUUUGAUCAUUGCCAACAAUCAGAAUUGCUAGCCUAACUGUGCUGUUCCAAUGCUUCUUUUUAAAUCAAAUAUGUAACCCUGUUUUAAAAAUGCAAAUGAUGCUAGAGUAAAUUCUUCUCUAGUAGACAAUAUAUACCUAUUUGCAAAAUGCAUAAAAUUUAUUUGAUUCUAAAGCUGCUGCAAUUUUAGA